AUGGCGGCGGUAGCGAGCCUUGAGGAGUCUUUAGAGCACUUGUCAAUCCAGAACAAGAGGCCGGAGCCCGAUAUUUCACGUCUAGCAGUGAAGAAGCCUGCUGAUAAGUCUAGCAAGAAAAAGAAAGGAGUCGCAGAUUCGUGGGAAGAUGAAUUAUCCUCGGGGUCUGGCACAGAAACGGAGGAAACAACAGCGAAAAUAGGAAUCAAUUCACCAUCGUCCAAGUCGGAGGGCCCUUUGGCCCCUCCUCCUACACCCAUAACUUAUCAGGGGGACUUCACUGCCCGGUGGGAGGCUACUUCUUCUGGACCUACGUCGCGCAGAGAGUCACCACAUGUUAGGCCUGAAAAACAGACUGCCGUGGCGAACAGGAUGAUUGCUGGCGCCCUAGGAAUCCGGGCGCCGAAACGCACAGAAGAACAGCGUGCCUAUGAUAGGGCUGCAAAAGAAAAAGAGAUCAGACGCCGAAAUAAAGCCAAAGAAGAUGCCGCCAAGGCUAUAGCGGAGGAAGAGAAGGCAAAGACAGCGGUAUGGGAUGAAUAG